AUGUCCUUUGUUCAAAAACCGGCAAUUGGUGCCGAUACAACUGCAGAUUAUUUCAACAAAAUGUCCUUUUCAUACAUAGAGUACUUUAUUAGAGAAUAUCAAUCAACAAGGACAAAUAUUGAAUCUGUUGCGCUUUCUAAUUCCAAUGUAUUUCCUAAUAAGAGUUUUACAAGGAUAAAUGAGUUCCUAACUUCAAACAAAGAAAUAUUUACAACAUUAUCAUCUUUCAAUAAAACUAGUGCCAAAGAAAGACCAGCUUUUUCCAAAACACUGAGUUUAAGGGGAUCAACUUUCCAAAUCAGCGAUGAAAAGUUACAUAAUUUGGCAUGGGAUGUUUCGAAUUUUCUAAAUCUGAAUUUCCAAGAAACGUUAAGAAUUAUUCUUCAACACAAUGCCAUUAAUAAAAUAAAUAAUAAGGAGGAAACAUCAUCAAAAAUACCUGAUCUUAUCAUAGACGUUUUGAACGAAAGGAAUUCCAUUUCAGAGGUAAUGCUAAUCAUGUUAACUGACAAUAAAUUGCCGGUAAUUAAUGAUGCAUUUUUCAAAUCAUUUACUGGUGAUAAAAGAACAAUCACUUGCAUAGAUCUCAUCCGCGUCUUCAAAUCAUUAGUCAAAAAUUUUAAUGAGAAAGGAAAUAAUGAUGUGUUCAGUGAACAAUUGUCUGAUGAUAUCUUGAUAGACUUAACCAGCUCUAGAAAUUCUAACAAUUUGAUUUAUAUGACGAAUAUUUUGAGAAUUUUAACUAACUUAUUCCUGAAUACUUCAUUAACGACUGAUAUCACUUUAAUGUGGACUGAAUUGGCCUUUGAUGCAGAAAUUGUCACCUUUCUAAGAAAUCACCCAAAUUUGGAAUCGAUUUUUGUUGUCAACACUUUACUGGUUUUAGGGUUAGAUACAACGUCUAAUUCUAUUAAUAUUACUAACGCUAAUUAUUUCAACGAUAAAGAAACAUUCAAGGCAUUACAGACGAUGUUCAUGAAUUCAAUGACAUUGGAGGAUCCUGUCGUUAAUCCAGUACUCUAUUACAUGUGGUCAUUUGUAUUGUUCACUAAAUCAUUUAUCUUAGAGGAAAACAUGGAUGAUACCUCUUUAUUGGAUUUUAUACAGUUUGUUUUUGAAGAGUCAUCCAUUUAUGAACUGACAAAUGCAUUUGCUAAGCAUGCAGAAGAUUUAAGUGUUUUUCAAUCCUUACAAAAUAUAUCUAUCCUGUUAUCAUUUGAUCAAUUAUACCCCAUCAUCCUACUAUCAUUCUUAACUUUUUCUUUGAAUUUUAUACCUCUUAAUGUGGAAACUUCAAUCCUGAUCAAGGUCACUUUGAGCAAUGUAUCACAGGAGUUCGUUGAAAAUUUUCUUACGAAUGAGCUAUUCGAGAAGAAAUUUGCAAUAUUAAAAACGAAAUUACCGCUAAUAGAUGAUGCCCUCUUACCUUUAAUUAACAUUGUAUCGGUCCAUCCAGAGUUUGCAAAUUUUGAACUAAGAGAAUUGAAAACGUAUGCAGCAACUGUCAAGUUAGGUGAAUUGAACUAUGAUUUACAGGAUGAUGAUUCCGAUCUGAUCGUUUUGAAAAAGGAAGCUUUGUUACCGCCUCCUUUAGAAUCAGAUCCAAGCAUAUUAUUAUCCAUACCAGAAAAUUCAAGGGCUAGUAUCGUUACCACUGACCCAAAUGACGAAUCAUUGGUCAUAUUUUUGUAUGACUAUAAUGGUUGGGCAAUGAUUGGUAGAGUUUUGACUAAUCUGUCGGAUAAAUUUACUGCGAUGGGGGAUGAUAUGGAUAAAUAUUCCAAAGAUUUGAUGAUAUCCAUAAUAGAAUUAAUAUCUUCCACCGUAUCCUCACAGAAUUUAUCUGUACAAACCUCAAGCGAAAUAUUGCAAUAUUUAUCUAAAUCUGUUGAAAAUGCGGAUAUCGUCUCGUUGUUAUUUAGAAUACUUGAUGUGUCUUUAAACAGAAGAAGUUACGAGGUGCUGUCAGCUUGUAUGUCAUUCCUUAACGAUUUAAUAUCAAGCUUCCCUAAUCUUGUUUGGACAUAUUUGGCUCGUUCUAAUUUAUUAGAUAGAUAUGGAAGGACGGGUUUUGCUAAUACGAUUCUGGGUACCAUCGAAUUAGCAAAUGGGGAUUAUCAGUUCACAAUUUUGCUAAUCAAGUUGACUGAUUCUCUGGUUACAGAGUCGUUAUUGCAAGAUUCGAGCAUUGUUGCCAAAACCAAAAAUGAUAUAUUAGAAAAACUGAUUGCACAUCUACUACACAUAUAUGAAAGUUAUCAUUUCUGGAAGUUUAACGACAUUAAACAAAGAUUCGAAAUUGGUUAUCAUCUCACCGAUGUAUUUUCCAAGAUCGUUUAUAAUGUUUAUGGUAUUGACCCACUAUCUGCACCAACUGAUAAAAUCACUAAUAUUUUAACGCCAUCCGGUUUUCGCAUUAUUGACACAUUCCUAAGUGGUCAGUCACCGGAUUCUCUUGCAGCUUCUACUCUGCUAAAUAUAUUAAUCUCUUCCAAAAUAGAUCAGAUAUCCUUUAAGGGUAAUAAAUCAUUUGGGAGCAUGUAUUCAAAACUGAUAAAAAAAUCAUUUCAAUUAACAGAUCUGCUAAUAUCGGUUAGGGGUUUAUUGAAUAUGUCACCUAGUACUUUAGAGAAAAUGCUUUUUAGCAACUCUCAGAAACUGGUCGAUAUUUAUAAUUCUGUUUAUGAGUUAAAAUCAGCAAUUAUUAAUUUAUUGGACGUACUGAUAGGUGCUCCUUGGGAUGAUAAUUAUCCUUUCCUUCUCUCUUAUUUAGGUGAAGCACAUUCUGAGCUAUUAUUCGACAGUAUAGCAGCAGACUUACAGAGCGCAUUAGAAGACUAUAAACUUUCAAAACGUAUAUAUCCUUUGUUCAGUACGUUGAUGCAAAGCAAACAAGACGGUUUGGCUAUUUUAUUUCUCACAGGUAAAACAGCUUCUAAUAAAUCUUUUAAUGAAGAAACCAAGGAUAUAAAAAGUGCUUCAAACAGUUCCAUAUUCACUAUCUUGAAACAAAAUGCAUUGAGAUUGGGUGAAUUGCCAGAAUCGGUUGGUAGUAGGCUACUUGACGCUAUUGCCUAUGCAUUCAAUACGUGGACUAAUGCAAGAAUCCUAGAUAAAGAUACUGAGUUCAUUAGUGCUUUAGUGAAGAUAUUAAAUACAUUUGAGCCACAAAAAUCUGGUACUGGAUUAACAAAGGAAGAAACAGUAAUUCUAUCGAAUAGAUACAGAUUGAUUUCCAGAAUUGUUGAAAUUUUUGCAUUGUAUCUAUAUACCUCCUCAGAUGUCAACUCUAAAGUGUAUGAACUUCUGAACCGUGAUGAUCUUUCCAAGAUCAUUAAACCGUUCUUCCAGAUUGAUGGUUAUAACCAAAAACUACACGAUUCUAUCAAUGAGAACUUUGAGCGCUAUUGGCCAAAGUAUAAGCUAUCAAGUUUUGCUUUAUCUCCACUCUCAAAAAGUGUCCAUACGUUCCAAAAUAACGCCUAUGACAUCGAAAUGAUGGAUCAACUCUUUAGUCAGGAUGAGAAAUGGAUAGGAAAUGGGCAGGAAAAAGGUUUCCGUGAAGAUGUUAUAAUAGCCUCUUUAAACUUACAGUAUGUCCAUCAUCAAAUCUCAGCAGCUAAAGCAUGGGGUGCCCUGUUGACCACCUUUUUGAAAGUGACUACAACAACGCCUCUGAAAGAUACUUUUCUCGAUAUCACGUCAUACUUCCUUGAUAUCAACAUCAAACAUGGUAUUGGAAAGCCUAUUUUCAAAGAAUUAUAUUUGGAAAGGAUUGAACUGUGUUUCUACAUCCUGUUUUCAAUGCAAGCUACAUCUAAAAUGAUUCCAGAGAAAACGUUAACCGAUUUACUCUCCCAAUUGAUAACCAUUUUCAAAUCUGACGAUAUUGAUUAUUUGGGUAAUCUGUCAGUUUCAAACAGAAGCAAUAACUUCUAUAAGCCAAUUUUACGAUCAAUCUUGAUUCUGCUUUCUCUUGCCACUACUGGCAAACAUUUUGUUGAGUUAACCUCAGACCAGUUACUAGAAUGUUUUGAGUGUGCUUUCUCGAAAGGUGUCCAUCUGAUACUUUCUGAAAUUCUAUCAGACAUGAAUGCAGCUGCAAUCACAAGUAAAGAAACCGUUAUAUACAAUUUGGGCGAACGUAUUCAGGACUUGUUUUUGUUACUAUCAUUGUUUUCCAAGAUGAAAGCACUGAGUCCUCCAGAAACCUUUAAAGCUGUAAUGGCGUCCUCCUUGGAUGAGAUUGGGACCAUGAAAGUCAUUCUGAAUCUAUAUUCAAGUGCACAUUCUAUCAAUGUCAAUGAUGAGCCUAUCAUUGGGCAUAUUGUAUUGACAUUCAUUUCAGAGUUAUGUACAAUACAGGCAAUUGCUGAAAGGUUCAUAGCCAAUGGCUUAUUCACUGUCCUUCUCGAAAGUCCACUUUCUGUUGUCAUUCAAAAUGGAAACAUCAAACCGGAACUACAGGCAAGACUACAUAACAUAUGGAGUAACGGCUUACUAUCAAUUAUUCUACUAUUAUUAAGUGAACUUGGAACAAAAGUGUUGCCUGAAUGCUGUCUUUUUGUCUCUUAUUUCCAUAAGCAAAUUAAAACUGCUGUAUUCAGCUGGUCCGAUAAUAAACUUGCAGUCUCAACAGCUUUAAUCAGAGAGACGACUCAAUUGGUUCUUUUACAAAAGAUGUUAGAUGCUCUAGACUACAAGAAAUACUUAAGGAGAUCAAGAGUUAAUACUGUAAAUGCAGAAGAUGAUUCUGUGGAGUUGGUAAGAGGACUGGAUAGUGACUAUGAGAGAAAGGACUUGAGCGUGGUUUUGAACAAGCUUUUAACACACCCAAAAUAUUUAAAUUCACGAAUUAUACCGUCAAGCUUAGAAGAGCAACACCUUCUAGAAGAGGAGGGUACAAGACUGGAAUUUGUCAAGAAAAUCUGUAAACAGAUUAAAGAGUUGCAGGAAUCUUUGUUUAAAGAAUUAUAA